CUGGGUGCUGCUGUCUUUAGUGCAAGGCAGAGCUGCAAGUUUCUGAGCAGCCAGCACUUGCUGUUGCUGGCUGAGGAUGCUGAGUGCUGGAGUCCUGCCAGCACCCAGCCAUUCCCCCAUCCCGUGGCAGCUGGAAAUUGGGCUUUGAGCCGUCGUGCUGAGGCCCCAAAGCGCUGCUGCCUGCGGGUGAGCAGCUGGCUGCUUGGCUCAGGGAAGCUCUGUCUCUUGGCUUCUGCCAAGCCAUGGCCAAGGGCUCACACGGCAUUUCUGGGGCUCACAGGGCUUGCUUUGUUUGCUGUCCCUUUUUGGAAACCUCUGCAUGACCUGGAGAAGUGUUCUGCAGUUUUCUGGAGUAAUUCUUCACUUCUGCAGAGUCUUUUAGGCCACCUGUCUUUUGGCUUUUGAUAAGCUGCAAGGAGAUGAUUGUGUUGUCCAUGAAGCUGUGGCCGGCCAUUCUUGUCCUGUGUGGCCAAAGAAACAAACUGUGUAGUUCUGAACCCUUCUUCUGAGGCAAAAUCCACAAGUGGCAAGUUUCUCUUGAUACGUUUUGUGGUGAAGUCUGCAGCUUUGGAAACUGCAUUGGAGCCUAGUGUGGGGGCAAAGCUGCAAGUCCUUGAGUGCUGUCUUGUGUUGCUAAGAACCCCUUUAGAGAUGGUUGUUUUUUGUACUCAGAGCUGUUUUCCUCCUCCUGCCUCUUCUGUCCUGACACUCCCUGUUUAACCUCUAAAUUUCUGCCUGUCCUAGUGAGGUGGGACAAUUCCAUGGUUUAGGUGGUUUUUGGUGACUUUGGUCAUACAUGCAUUACAUGACCCAUGGCUUCCUUCAUUGGCAUCCCCAGGGGUGUGUCAAUUAAUUUGUUGGUGGGGCCUUUUGAGGAUCUCUGUCAGUGCCACUCAGAAUUCUCAGCUGACAAAAGAGGGAGGAGAAACACCUUGGUCCUCUUCCAUAUCCUGAGGUGGCCAUAGAGGCUCUCUGACCUGCAGCAGAGGAUCCAAUUGCACACAUCCUUGUCUCCUGAAUGAGCAGGAUUUCUAACAAGAGUGUAGAUGUCAGAGGGGCAGGAGUGGCAGUGCAGGCCUGAAAAGAACAUGAACUCCAGCAGUGUCUCUCCCAAGGGCUGAGCUCACCCAGGAAGCCCCUGCAGAGCCAGGAUGGAGCUGUGGGACAGGGCUGGCUGUCAGUCACUAGGGAGAGACAAGCAGGACACAGCAGAAGGGGAGGGAGGCCCUUGAGAAAUGCCCCACAUUUCCUGUCAGCUGCCCAAGAGUCUGUUGGAGAUUCAGUGCCAGAUGGGCCCUGAUUGCACUGCCAGGGUCACUUUGGAAUCUGUGCUUCCCCACGGGCAGAGAACAAGGCAGGAGAGCAGCAGCACAGAGCUUUGGGAACGUGGGAGCCCAUCAGCCUUUGAGUCUUGGCCCACAAAUGUUGGAUGAGAAGUUGAAGCCCAUCUUCUCUUGCUUUCUCUGCAGGUCCUCCUAGAGAAAGAGCAGGAGCAGAUUGUUUUAUCAGGACGGCCGUGCCAGCCUGAGGGAGAGCUGUUCCCAGCCCAAGAGCAGGAAGAGCAGCUGGGGCAGCAGGUGGAAGAGCCACUGGAGAAUGGCCAGAACAUCGAGGCAGAGCCCCAGGCAGAGCUGCCCGAAGCUCCGAGGGCCAUCAUGGCAGUGAAGAGGAGGCCUGAGGAAGACAGAAGCAUCGAAGAGGAGAUGAAUCUCCCCUGGCAGAGAGGAAAUCAACAGAACCAGGUGAGUGAAAGAGUGGCAGACACUCCACUCAUGGAAAUUCCUCUCUGUCAUUCUUCACAGGCCUCCGAGGAGGAGCUUCUGGCAGAGCUGCAGGAAACUGAGGCUAGGAUCAGGGCAAGGGAGGAGAGGCUGGAGGAAGAAAGGAGAAUCAUCGAAGAGAAAUUCCAUCUCCUCGCUCAGCAGCAAGAGGCUCUAGAAAAUCGAGUGGACGUGUUGAUAUCUCACCUGGCAGCCUGCGAAGGCUUCCAGCAAAUGCCGGCUGAUGAGGAGCCCCAAGGUCGGCGGCAGGCACAGAUCUACACAGGCUCUUCCAUUCAAUCUGCUGCAGCAGCAGCAGCAGCAGCAGCAUCUAAAGGAGCCUUUGUUGCCCAAGCUGAGCAGUGGAGCCGGGGCAGUUUGUCCAUUUCCAGCAGUGACACAUCUGCUGCUCAGCUCCAGGAGAGCCAGGGAGACUUCGUGGAGCAACUGAGGAGAAUGGUGAACAAGGAAAAUCCUGUCACAAAGUACAUCGAACUGGAAAGUCUUGGCAGCGGGGGUUUUGGAGAGGUUUCCAGAGCACUUGACAUUGCAACAGGAGGAGAGGUGGCCAUAAAGAAAAUAAAUGUGCAAGGAGUGAGUAGGAAGAUACUAACCAUGAAUGAAAUCAGGAUCAUGGAGAGUAAUAGGAGUCCCAGGAUUGUGAAUUACUUAGCCAGCUACCUUGUGCAUGAGGAACUCUGGCUGGUGAUGGAGUACAUGGACGGAGGCACUCUGAGAGAUCUCAUCGACGAGAUUCAAAUGUCUGAAGGAGAGAUUGCAGCUGUCAGUCGGGAGUGCCUGCAAGGACUGGAUUUUCUUCACUCCAACCACGUGAUCCAUCGAGAUGUCAAGAGCAACAACAUCCUUCUCAGAACCGACGGCUCUGUCAAGCUGGCUGAUUUUGGCCUUUCUGCUCAGCUCACCCCUGAGCAAAAUCAGCGGUGCUCGGUGACCGGGACUCCUUGGUGGAUGGCACCUGAAGUGGUGAAGCGUCAACCAUAUGGCCCCAAAGUGGACGUGUGGUCUUUUGGAAUUGUGGCAAUUGAAAUGGCCGAACAAAAAACUCCUUAUGACAGUUUCACUGCUCGAUCGGCUAAAUUCCACAUAGCCACAGAAGGGACCCCACAGCUGCGGCAGCCCGAGCAAUUCUCGCCUUUGCUGCGUGACUUCCUGAGCUGCUGCCUGCAGAAAGGCGAGGCGCAGCGCUGGUCUGCCAAGGAGCUGCUGCAGCAUCAAUUUAUAACAUCGGCCAUGCCUGGGUCCAGCCUGGCACCUCUCAUCCUUGCAGUGAAGAAGUGGAAGGAGGAGGCAGGAAUGCAACAAUCAAUUUAUAAACUGUCUUCUCCAUGACCAACUUAGAGUAGGAUUAUAGAGUAGGAUUGCAGAGUAGGAUUGUAGAGUAGGAUUAUAGAGUAGGAUUGUAGUGCAGGAUGGUAGUGUAGGUUUGUAGUGUAGGAUUGUAGAGUAGGAUUUUAAAUAAAAUUUCUAAAAUCUCAA